AUACAUAUACACAUCGUUGACGCGUCUCUAUGUGUGCGGUGAACGCGGGCUGACACCGAGUCGCAAUUAGAGUUUAGAGUUGGUAAACUGGUCGAGCUCGCGCGCGAGGAAGGUCGAGUGCGUUGUCAGAGUUGUUGUGCAGGAGACGCGUUCGACGAGAUCGACAAGUUUCUCAGAAGGAGGCGUACAUUGUUUCUUAUAGUGAUCGUGAUACGUAUCAGCCAUAGCGAAGCGACAAUGUCCGUGAUUAUGGAUUGUUAUCGUCAGUAGCGGGCGCUACGCGUGAGGCACGGUGUCUUUCUCGGCAUACAUAUAUAUAUAUAUAUCCCUCUCUCUCGCACUUUUUCUUCCGAGCGAGAAGAAAGCAGCUCGAGGUUGAAAUCUGACGUCUCCUGUCAAUUCGAAGAACACCGCGAGAAGUUGUCCUUCCGCCUGUGUGCGCGUGUGUGUGUGCGUUCGUUCGCGCGGCCUUCGCCGGAGAGACGAUAAUUUUUUUAUUCCAGAGCUCAAUCUCGUAAUCUCGAAGGAGAAGCGCACCUUUAUUUAUCGACAGAUUCGUCGCGUCUCGCGUCGCGUCAUCGCUCAGUCUCUCUCUCUCUUUCUCUCUCUCUCUCUCUCUCUCUCUCCCCCAUAUAUCGUGUAUUUCUCUGUCUCCCUCUUUCACUCGGCUUCUAUCAAGCGGGCAGUGCACUGUGUUAAGGACUCACCUGUGUACUCCUUUAGGAGUGAAGAGCCUUGAUCUCACGUUCAACAAAGCCCGCUCUGGAACUCGAUCACCUUCCCCUAAAUCCUUAACUAGCUAUCUGUAAUGUGCAAGUACAGCAAGGAAGCCGGGAAGACCACUACGUCGACAAUUAAUCUCGUCCACUCGAAAAGGAAAGGAAUUUUCAUACACAUAAAAGAGAUGUUCAGCAACCCGAUAAGUCAAAGGAGUUAUAGAAGCUUCUUGACGUUUCGCUUGUACUGAACGGCCUAGCUUUUGAGAAUUUGAGCAAAAAAACGUAUCUAAAAUCGCCUGGACAGCGAGUGACAAGGGCUCCAAGAAUCACGAGAUGUCAACGUUGUAAGUCGGGUAAGCCCAAUUGACGGGGAGAUACUGACACAACGCUAGUUUUCCAGCAUUCCAAGGCAGGAGCCACAGUUUACAGUGUAACUAGAAAGAUCGCAGUUGUCAGCAGGAUGAAGCUGCUGGAGAAUACCCAUUUGGAAGCUAUAAACAGUGCCUUGUCCAUCAAGACCGGAGAUAGCAAGAUAAUCGGGAGGAUCGAAAGUUAUUCUUGCAAAAUGACAGCCAAUGACAAGCAAAUGUACAAACGGUACAAUGCAGAGCAGGGUGGUACACCACACGAUUUACAAGCUUUAUCACCACCGCAGACAUCUUUGGGAACAUCUCCAGCUCAGGGAUGCUUGAGUCGUAGCGUUUCCGGUGACGAAGAGGGUCCGCUGUGCGACACGAUCAGCAAAAAAACGUUAUUUUAUCUGAUCGCCACGUUGAAUUCAACCUUUAACCCGGACUAUGAUUUCUCAGAUGCUAAGAGCCACGAGUUCAGCAAGGAACCAAGUCUACAGUGGGUAAUGAAUGCAGUGGAUGGUAAUCUCAACGCUACCGCGGGCGAUCAUUAUCGAUCAUUACGUUCCGCUCUUUGGGCGGCUGUUGACAAAGAGAUAUCAUUGCAUGGGUGUGAUAUUUACAGUUACAAUCCAGACUUCGCGUCAGAUCCUUUUGGGGAAGACGGAUGUCUGUGGUCCUUCAAUUAUUUCUUCUACAACAAAAAGCUGAAGCGCAUCGUAUUUUUCACGUGCAGAGCGAUAAACCCUCUCUACGUGCCGGAUUCCGGAGUUGGUAGUGACUUCGCCAUGGAUGAAGAUGACGAAGAUGUAGUAAAGUUAACCAAACUGAAAAUAACUAGUGAUCCUGACGGCUUUCAUCCUGUUUCUUAUCAUGCUCGCGCGUGUUUAAUGCUUGACGUUUGAGCGUACGUCAGUGCACUUCUAUCUGAAUGUUUAGCAGUAUUUCGUAAGUGUCAGCAAGUAAUUCACUGGUUGAUUAAGUCUGUUUUGAGAACCCUCAAUAUGCUUCGGUUUCUGAUCAGUCUGAGUAUUGGAGUAUACGCCGGAAUAUACAUAGCCCAAAAUUAUGAGGUGCCGCGAGUGGAACCAACGAAAGUAUACCAGCGAGUACUUCAGUUUCUAGAAGAGAAUAAAAAGAAGCCAUAGCAUACCGUAGCAAUGUAUAUUUCUAAAAUCACUUCCAAUACUAGAAGACAGAUAUGCCAUUAUCGAUAUAAUAUGAUGUAAAUAUAACAUUAUAACUU